UUGCAACCCCGCAACCCGCAAUUGGCCCCUCGUUACUGUAACUACCGUACCUAGUACAAGAUACAGUACACGAGACCGCUUCUCAAAUUCUCCUGUCGCGAACGCUACCGCCUCAUCUCUCAACUACUCUAUACCCGGCGCAAAAUCUCAAUCAUGUCGUCCGCAGCCAACCCUUCCGCCCAGGCGAACAGCAGCAGCUGGACCGCCUUCCUCAAGUCCAUUGCCUCCUUCAAUGGUGACCUCUCUUCGCUCACUGCGCCUCCGUUUAUCCUCUCUUCUCAGUCUCUUACCGAGUUCUCUGCCUACUGGGCCACGCACCCUCCCGUCCUGACCGCCCCUGCUGCCGAGUCUGAUCCCGCCAAGCGUGCUAUGCUCGUUCUCAAGUGGUUCCUUUCAACUCUCAAGCACCAAUACGCCAGCCGAAGUGAGCAGUUUGGAAACGAAAAGAAGCCUCUGAACCCUUUCCUGGGCGAACUUUUCCUCGGCACCUGGUCCGACGAAGCUGGUGAGACCACUCUUGUCUCAGAGCAGGUCAGCCAUCAUCCUCCUGCCACUGCAUACUGUAUUCGCAACAACAAGACUGGUGUUGAGCUUGAAGGUUAUAACGCCCAAAAAGCCACCUUCAAGAGCACCAUCAUCGUCAAGCAAAUCGGACAUGCCGUCCUGCGCGUCCCUCUUGCCUCUGGCGAAAUCGAGUCCUACCUGAUCACCCUUCCCGGCCUGCAUAUUGAGGGUUUGAUCUUUGGUGCUCCUUUUGUCGAGCUUGAUGGCUCAAGUCACAUCACUAGUUCCAGUGGCUUUACCUGCAAGAUCGACUACAGCGGCAAAGGAUGGCUUUCCGGUAAGAAGAACACCAUCGUUGCCAGCGUCUAUCCUACAGGCAAGGAGAAGGAUGUUCUCUACAACGUCACCGGCCAGUGGAACAAGUCUUUCGAGGUCUACUCAGGUCCCGCCAAAUCCAACUCCAAGUCUACCCUCGUGAGCACAUACGACGCCGUCAGCACCGCUCAGACUGAGCUCCACGUCGCUCCCAUCGAUCAGCAGCAUCCUCUCGAGUCCCGUCGUGCUUGGUCUCGCGUAGCCGAAGCAAUCCAAAAGGGUGACAUGGACACAACUGGCGCUGAGAAGGGCAAGAUCGAGCAUGCUCAGCGCAACAUGCGCACCGUGGAGCGCUCGGAGGGUCGCACCUGGGAUCGCCAAUACUUCACUGCUGUCGAGGGACAAGAUCCCGUCCUUCAGCAACUUGGCAACGUUGUUGGCGUGCCCGCCGAUGGCGAGGCUGAUAAGACUGGUGGUCUCUGGCGAUUUGAUAAGGCCAAGGCCGAUGCCCGUGUUGCUAAGCAGCUCACCCAGGACGACAUUGCUCAGAUGGAGAAGGAGCUUCUUGGGUGGUAGUCACAACCAAGUGUACAGUCUUGACGCAAUACCAGAUGGCUCGAACCUGGUUAUAAUGCAUGGAAGCAGAAUAGGAGUAGCGAAAGGAACAUAGCGGGCUCAAAAGAGGCGGUGGUUACAGGUUAGAUUAAAGGGCGCUGACACAUGCUCUUCAAGAGACGGACGAUUCGUAAAGAACCAGCAGGCCGGAAGGUGUUGGUUUGUAUGAUACUAAACAGUUUAUGUACGCUCUACGAUUAAUGACAUGGUUUUCAUGUACUUCGCUUCGUUACCAGCAGCUAAAACAUCAUAAAGACAAUAUGGCAACUACCUGGACAUGGUUAUCGCAAUAGCAUAGUUAUACAUUCUAUAAUCGA